GAAUUAUUGAUCAAGAACUGGAUAAUUUGAUGCAAAUUAGGAUGGAAUAAUCUGAUUAUAUGUAUACAGGUUUAGGCAGUGGAAAUGACAAGAAAGUGCUCAAACAGCAGUGAACUGAUAAUUUAUUAAUUAUACUAAUUAAGAAUUAGUUACUUAGCCAUAAGCAUGGACUAAAAUCUUGUCAUAUUUUCAUUUAUGUCAUUUGAUAACACAGUGUGGAAGCAUAUAAACAUAUACUAAUAAGAAGAUAGCAUGCAUUUCUGACUUCUGAGUCGAUUCUUUCGCCUUUUUAUUGCCGGUUAGAGAUCCAAUCAAGGCUGCUGAAGACAGAACAUAACCUAUCUCUAUUUCCAUCUCCAUCAUCAGCAUUUAAAAAUUUAAUUUUAUUAUUUCAGUUUUGACAACAACAAUGGCAUUUUUCUUGUGGUAAACCUCUAUAUAAACUCAUAUUUUUCACUCCCAAUAUCAAGAAAUUCCUCUGCUGAGCUAAAAUUGGUAUCAUGAUGAGGAACUUGAGCUUGGGAGCACUUUUUCUUGCACUAAUAUUCUCCCCUCAUUUGUUAGAAGCUCGGCAUCAAACCUGCAAGGCGAGUGGCAAAGUGAAGGGAAAGAAGCCGCCUGAAGGAUACUGCAACGAAGACGACAACAUCUGCUGCAGAGAGGGGAAAUAUUACACUACUUACAAAUGUUCUCCACCAGUGUCUGCAGCCACAAAGGCAGUUCUCUACGUCACCAGCUUUGAGAAAGGCGGAGAUGGAUAUAAGCCAUCCAAAUGUGAGCACAAGUACUACUCAGACGACACACCUGUUGUCUCUCUGCCUACCGGAUGGUACAGUGGAGGGAGAAGGUGUCUGAACAACAUCACCAUAAGUGGUAAUGGGCGUAGUGUGGAAGCUAUGGUGGUUGAUGAGUGUGAUUCCUCCAAGGGAUGCGAUGCAGGCAGCGAUUACCUCCCUCCGUGCUCUAACAACGUUGUUGGUGCGUCUUCUGCUGUCUGGAAAGCGUUGAAGGUGCCCGUGCAAGACUGGGAUGAACUGGACAUCACCUGGCUCCAGUCGUGCAAGCCGAGUGGCACGAUAAAGGGCACGACUCCGCCUCCGGGGGAAUGCAAUCAGGAGAUCGACUCCGACUGCUGCAAAGCAGGGGAGUCAUACACAACCUACAAGUGCUCUCCCCCCGUUUCUGGUAGCACGAAGGCAGUUCUGACCCUCAACAGCUUCCAGAAGGGUGGGGAUGGAGGCGGCCCAUCAGAGUGCGACAACAAGUACCACUCUGACGACACGCCUGUUGUGGCGCUCUCGACUGGAUGGUACACCGGAGGAUCAAGGUGCCUCAAGAACAUUGUCAUCAGUGGCAACAGGCAGAGUGUGACUGCCAUGGUGGUUGAUGAGUGUGACUCGACAAUGGGAUGCGAUGAUGACCACGACUACCAGCCUCCGUGUCCUAACAACAUCGUUGACGCCUCAAAAGCCGUCUGGAAAGCAUUGGGAGUGGAUGAAGGUGACUGGGGAGAGUUGGAUAUCACUUGGUCUGAUGCCUAAUGCAGUUUAUGUGUUUUCUCCAGUUUUUAUGUCAUUGUAAAAUUAUGUUGUGAGAAUCCUUGAAUCAUAUCAAGAAUGUAAAUAUAAUGCAGUUUGUUCAAACUUCUGUUCCUUGCAUAAAUUUCUUGUUCCAUUAAUGAUGCAUGAUUAAAAAGCAUCUGUGUCACGGCCUAAACAUCGAUAAACCUAUGGAUCCUAUUUGACCAUAAACUUAAAAUGACCAUCAAUUUACAGAUGAAAUAUAACAGAAGUAAACUC